UGGAUACAUUAUAGUCAAUGCAAUAACUCUUCACUUUCAAUUCACAUCUCUCUCUCUCUCUCUCUCUCUCUCUCUCUCUCUACCUCUCGCUCUCAGAUCAGAAUUCAAGAAUGGUGGAUCUCCAAACAGUGUGUUCCAUGUGCGGCGACGUUGGCUUCCCCGACAAACUUUUUCGCUGCUCCAAGUGCCACCACCGCUUCCAGCACUCGUAUUGUAGCAGUAACUACAGCGAAUUCUCGGAGCCGAUACAAGUCUGCGAUUGGUGCCAGAGCGAGCAACGGAGCUCGCGGCACGGCGGGUCGUCCAGGAAAUCGGCGGCGGCGGCCGGCGGCGAUUCGGGGACCAAACGAUCGGAGUACUCCGGCGACAAGAUCAAACAGCACGAUCACGACGGAUGCCCGGAGCGGCCGGCGGCGGCGGCGCCCUCCAAGAAUCCCGGCGGCGCCCCGUCGCCUCGCCCCACCCCUCGCCGCUACAAGCUCCUCAAAGACGUCAUGUGCUGAAAUCUCAUGAAGAAAGAAAGAAAGAAAGAAUCAUCGAAAGCUAAUUAAGCCUUUAAUUUCAUCAUAAAGUGUAAGUGUUUGUGAUGAUGAUAUGAUGAGUGUUCUAAAUUUAGCCUUUUUCUGCUUUAA